CCUCCCUCCCGGGGCCUCCAGGGAAGAGUUCAGGAGACACGAGUUCACUGCAGAGGUACCAGGCUGUUAAACAUGAAAAGCUUUCUUUCAGGACAAUGGAAGCAGAAGAGGCACAAGCGUGGAGGUUGUUCGCAGGGCCAGGGCUUGGAGGAGUGGGGAGCGUUUGGUGAGGUGCAGACAUGAAAUUAACACUUGUUAAUGUUGUGUUUCUUUGUUUAGCAGAGACCGACGCAGUUUCCAUGUGCGUUCAGCAUGACGUACCAGCCUGCUGGUCUGAACAGCCCCACAAGCCCCACUGCCGUGUGGGCUGGCGGCCGCGCGUGGCCGGUGGGUGCGAUGCAGGCUCCCGUGGCCUCCGUGUAUGACCCUCUGCAGAGCUCCGGGCUGCGGCGCGGCCACAGCCCCUCCUGCAGCCCCAGCCCCUCCUGCAGCCCCAGCCAGCUCCGAGUGGGGCCCCAGCAGCUGAAGCACGCAGCCCAGGUCUGCCCCAACAGCCCUGUGGAAGUGGAGGUGCCGGGACUCAAAGUGCUGCACGUGCAGUUCAAUUCUCCCCUGCAGCUCUAUUCGCAGAGCAACAUCAUGGACACCCUGCAGGGGCAGAUCUCUUCUGUUAGCCCUGAUUUCCCCAGGUAACCUGCAGCCAGCUCAGCACAUCUGCUCAUCUGCAUUUUGGUGUCCACGAGUCCCUCGUCCCCGUCUGUGGCUCAUGGCAUUGUCCGGUCACAAGAAAACAGCAUUUACAUUUCACCCUUCCAGUGUUAGUGCAUGACUCUUCACAGGAGCUUUCUCUGCCUUGUGUCUGUGCCCAACACCAUGGGAAACACCAAAACAUGUCUUUAGUGUGUCAGUAUAUCCAUUGCCCCCUGCACACCCACACAGCAGGACCUGUCAGAGCUGUUGGCUUUUCUGGAGAAGCCACAUGCAGCAGAUGGGUUUGCUGCGGGUAGGAGAGUGCUUUAUCCUGGAAGCUGGUAUUUUUCCUGCACUUGAAAUGACUUUUGUUGUUUGUGACUGACAGGUGCUGGCAGUGUUUGUUCUUUUGUUUCGUUGGCUGUGGGUGUGUGCUGAGCACGUUUCAUUUCAGGCUGAAGCAGGUACCCAUGCUCUCCAGCUCUGGCUGUCAACACUCAGGAGUUUGGAGCAGCCUGGCAGGCACCAGGAGGGACAGUCUGUGUUCCCACCGCUGCCUGCUGGUCUG